AUGGCAUGUAUCAGAUAUGGUGAGACGAUCACAGCCAAGAUCCAGAAGACCUGUGACUCCGAUGUGGAACAGGAAGUGAAGACAGACAGAAAGGCUCCUGAAUCCUUCUCACCUGAACUCACAACUGAGUCUUCAUACAGGUUCAGGUGUCCUGGUCCAGGUGAGUUCCAGUGUGAUUCAACUGGCCUGGUGUUCGUCAUGGCUCAGGAGGCGGAGCUUCUGUACAGGACGGUCCCUUGGGAGGAGAGCCUCCUCCAAUCACAUGGCAAGAAGCCAGCAGGGCCGCUGUUCGACGUGAAGAGUUCUGAUGAAGCUGCCGUCUGCCAGCUCCACCUGCCACACAGUGAGACAGAGGAAGUGCUGCUCCUGGACGGCCUGUUGUCUGUCGUCCACAUCACUGAUGAAGGCCUGAGCAUCUUGGAGCCGCUGGAGGUCACACGCACUCACGUGGUGGUGAAGGUGCCUCACCUCUCUCUCUUUGGCCUGGUCUGGAAUAUCAUUAAAAGGGUUCUGCUUCUGCGAGUAGAGGGCAAGAUUCUGGUGUUCCUACGACCCCCGGUCAGCGAGGAGCAAACACUGGAUGUACAUCUGCUGCAGAAAAACGUCCCUAAGAAGGAGGUUGCUGAUCAACACAAACCUGCUGUGAACAUCACAAUCUCCACCGACUGUGAGCUGGAACUGUACAAAGGUUACAGUGUGCACUGUGAACCUGAGGGCUUCUACAUUCAGCCUAAGAGUAAAAGAUUUGUAUCAAGUUUUGGACCAGAUUACGAUCCGACAUUUCAAGUUUCCCUGACGACGAGCACAAAGAGAGUGGAUUUGAAGCUCAAGGACCUAGGUGGAAAUGAAGUCUGGAGUUAUCGCGUGUCACUGGAAGCCAGAACCAAACCCAAAAAUGACGGAGCACGAGAGGUGGUGGACGCGGUGCGAAAUAAAGGAGCUGCAGCCAGCAGGGUUCUGAUCAAUGCUCUCCGAGAGCUGGACCCGUAUCUUUACAGUUACCUCAACUUGAGCUGA